AUGCAACAAUUUGUUCAAAAGAGUGGUACAUACCAGGCUUAUGACCCAGAGAUAUUGAUUGACGGCCAGAUAAUCAGCUAUGUAGGAAACAACCCGAUUAAGUUCCUGGGCCACUGGAUCUAUGUCGAUCUAGGGUUAAAUGACACUAAACAACGGAUUGAAGACAAACUAAAAACUCUGUUUCAGACAGUGGAUGAGUGUGGUCUCAACGGUGUCAUGAAGUGUUGGAUCUACAAUAACAUGCUGACUAGCAAGAUGUCCUGGGAUCUGAUGAUUUACAACCUUCCUGUAAGUUUUGUGUACGAACUGGAUGCUAUCUGCACCAGAUUCUUGAAGAAGUGGUUGGGUGUUACUAGAUCAAUUACUGUGACAGUCCUGUACAGGAGCAAGGAUUACUUCGGGCUAAACUUGAAGAAGCUGAGUGACUUAUACAAGUCUCUUCAGGUAUCAAAGGGACACGCCCUGAAGAACAGUGAUGACACCAAAGUUGUAGAAGCCUAUAAUAACAAGAGAGAGAAACAGGAGAACAGCCCGAGAUGGUCUUAUACAACGGAGCUGACGGCAAGAGAGCGAGAUCUUUACUUCCAGGAGUUGGUUGGAGUAGUGACUAAAGACCGAGUAGGACUCGGAUGCAAACCAAAGUUGACUGAGAGGCAGAAGCUAAGACAACUGGUAGAAUCGGUGUCAGAGAACGACAUGCUAGUCACCCUGGUAAACAAGGGAGUACAGGGCAAGUUCUUGACAUGGGAGAACACGAUGCAGUUAGACUUAGGAUGGAACAGCCUUAUCUACAACUACAAGAUGAGCCCGGCUCUCCUUAAAUUCCACCUAAACUCGACACACGACGUGGCUAAUACCCCUGCAAACAUGAAAUUGUGGAACUACUCGAGUACAGGAAACUGUGCACUUUGUGGAUGGAAGACGUGCAACAUCAAGCACAUCCUAGCCGUCUGCAGUGUAGCAAGAAACUCCAAAAGGUACAACUGGAGACAUGACAACGUCCUACGUGUUAUAGCCGGAGCCUUGCUUGACCAACUCAAGAUGUACAAUUCCUCAGGUUCCACGACCUCCGACAAAGAAUGGAUACGGUUCAAGUCGAAGGAUGGGAAGUAUGAACACCCAAAGCCAAAGUUGAGGAAGGAGAGGCCCUUUGAGAGAGCGAAAGACUGGAAGCUGAUAUGGGACGAGGAUACACUACCUGCCCAGUUCCCACAGCACAUCUACAACACAGCGGAGAGACCCGACAUUGUAGUAUGGUCGGAUAGUUUGAGAGAAGUAGUUCUGAUUGAACUGACUUGUGGUGACGAGAGUAACUUCAGUGACCAAGUAGCACGUAAAGAAGCACGCUACAACAGAGAGCUGAUUCCUGGCAUCGACGGGUGCGGUUGGAAAGCUCUGCUCUUUACGGUAGAGAUUGGGUGUUAG